CCCCUCAGCAAGCACGAGCAAGCACCAGCAUACUAAUUGCCACCCCGUUAACAACGCUUUGAGACUUCCAAGUCACCCUGCCUCGUCCGAAUACGACUUCCACACUAUUCGACUUGCCUCCGACGCGUUGCUCUCGUCAACAUGUCGUUCGUCCUUACUGCUGAAGCAAAAGCCACCAUGCGGGCCAACCUUGAGCUCGAGUUGGCCGCAAGAAAGGAGAAACUGCUUGCAAUGUACGAUGCCCAGGUCGCCAGUCUCCGGUCGCGCUUAGAGCGUCGCGUCAAUCGUAUCCCGAACAAUAAGCGCAACAUGAAGAUUAUGGAUCUGCUUGACCCGACUGCCUCCAAGGCCACCAGCGCCCUUUCAAAGGCACCAGCUAUCAAUUCCAAGCGUACUCGCCCGGUUGCACGUCCUGCUCCUACCCGCACUGCUGCUGCUCCUUCUGCUCCUGCGUCUCUACCACCGGGUUUGCCACCUCAGCAAGUCCUACCACGCCAGCAAGCCGAGUCGCGUCAGCAAACAGAGCCACGCCCACAAACCCAGUCGCGUCAACAAAUCCAUCCACAACAAAUCCAGCCCUCGCAGCCGACACAGUCCCGAAAGCAGGCACCAAUCCGCGGCGUGAAGAGAUCAAGCAAUGAAAUGGCUUCGGACAAGGAGAAUAUGGCAGACCACCAACUUUCCAUCCCUAAAAAGAGAGCCAGGGCCGCAGCACCGCGGAAUGUACCUGUUCCUCGCAACCCCCGUGUUGCUGCCGCAGACCCAGCUCCCGUCCGCACCACUCGCGCAGCUUCGCGCAAGCUUGCUGCGCCUGAAGUCUUGUCGCCAAAAUCUAGCAAUGCGCGCGCCAACUCGCGCACCAUUGCGCAAACUCGCGCUCGCCGCCCACGGUGAAGUGCUUGACUGAUUUUAGGGACUCGGCGUUUAGAAUAACGAUUAAUGACCGAUUCUGAGUACUGGAUGUUUUGGAUCACGGGUUAUGACGGAAACCCAGG